AUGAAGAAGGGCAAGAGGAAGAAGACAGAGACCAAGCGUCAUGGCUCCACUUCCCACCAUACCAGCCACUCCUCUGAAUCCAGCCCGCAGCAGCUGAGCUCUGAAUCCAGCCCCCGACAGCCCAGCUCUGCAGCCACGCUGCAACAGCCUGCCCCCGGGGCCGCCCCCCAGCAGCAGCAGCCCGUCAGUGCAUCUGCUCCGCAGCCCAGCUCUGAAUCCACCCCAGCGCAGCCUGCACCCCAGGCUAUCCCAGCCCCUGAAGUCAACACCUCGGCUCGGGGCCCAGUGCCUCAGGACACUGACGCAAAAGCAUCCUCUCGGUCCAGGAAAACAGGGCCUCUGACUCGUGCGGGCCCGCACCCCUUCUGUUCCUGUGCUGCUUGCCCCAGCAGGUCUGCUUGCUGGCGUCGUCUGGGCCUGUGUCACAGCCACAUCUUUGAUGUCGUCCUGCCUCGGGCCUGGCCCACCAUCCCAGGAAGAGAACUCCCAAACCUCCUCACGUUCUACAGGAGACCUACAAGAAAACUCUCCAUUCACCGCAAUUCACGUGCUCCAAGCCCUCGGGACUGUUGCUGUGGCUCUGGGGGCCCUGGGAGCUGCCUACUACAUCACUGA